AUGAUUAAUUUGAUCCCUUUAUAUUAUUUACUUUUUAUCAUCUUAAAUUUAUGCAGUAUUUCAGUUUAUUCAGCUCCCACUCUAUUGGGUGCAACAGUAACUCAAUACUUUUCAAAUGCUUCUUCUAAUUUCUGCUGGAAUAACUUUAGUGAAAAAUUUUAUUUACCAGUAGCUCCAUCAAAUUAUAAUACUCCUAAUGCUUUACUUUUACAAUAUGGUAUGACUAAACUAGAAAAUGGUAGUAUGGGCACUUUGUCAUUAGUUCUUUAUCUUUAUUGUGACUCAAAUUGUGAAUGUAAAAAUGUCUCUGUUAAUCCAUAUAUUUUAUAUAAUAACUAUUCAGUCUAUAUACCUUUUGAAAGUGCUAAUAAAAAUCCAUAUACAUGGAAAAAUAAUAUAAAUCAUCUAGCUACAUUUAAUUGUUUAAUAACCUCAUCUUUUACAACAGAUAUCUCUGGAAAUGGUUCUUCUAUAUAUAUAAAUCUUUCUAAUCCCCUUGAAUGCAUUGGUAAUAAUUUAUCAAUGUUUACAUUAGCAAUUUCGUUUGUAUCAAGUUGUCCAGUUUGGGUAGAUAUGAAUAUAUAUAUAUAG